AUGACGCACCACCCCGGCACCCCAACUUCUAUCUCCUCUUCGCCAUCGUCUGUCUCCGGCGCCCUCGCCGCCUCGCUCCUGCUCGCCGCCCCGCUGCUCCUCUCCUACGCCGCGCUCCGCGACGUCCCCUCGGCGCGCCUUGUCCUUCGCCACCACCCGCUCCGCCUCCGCUCAGCCUUCCUCUGGAACUCCCCCUCCCGCGCGCUCGCCUCCGCCGCCCUCCCCGCCGAGGCCCUGCGGGUGUACAACCGCAUGGCGCGCUCCGGCGUGGCCCCCGACGACGGCACCUUCCCCUUCGCGCUCCACGCCGCCGCCGUUGCCGCGGGGGAGCGACCGGACAAAGUCCACGGGUACAGUAUAUGGAAAGCCAUGGAAUCGGAUAUUUUCAUUGCCAACUCAAUGAUGGAUAUGUACGAAAAAUUUGGUUUUUCGGAGAAAGCAUCAGCUAUCUUUGAAAAAAUUGAUGCACCCAUUAUGGUCCCAUGGAAUGCAAUGAUUGCAAAUCUUGCCCAAAAUGGAGCCGAGUCUGAGGCUUUCAGGCUUUUCAUUGAGAUGCAGAAGAAUGGGAAAUGCCCAAAUGCAUUUCACCGUAGUGAACCUGCUUCCAGCCUGUUCGAGGGUGGCCUCUCUAAGCAUGGGGAAGCAGAUACAUGCCGCGAACUUUCUAAAGAUGGGCACCUCUUCCAUCUCCUCUUCGCCUGCGCAAGCAGCCAGCGAUGCGCCGCUGCGCACGAGGGAACCUGGGACGAGCAGGAGCGGCAUGACCUGAGAGCGGUGGCAGUUUGGUGGGUCUCGUCCGUAGCAACGAUGGUGGCCAUGCGGCCUGAAUCGCCUCGCGAACCUGGCCCCUAUGUACGUCAUCUCUGUGAGCUUUCUUGUCUUUGGUUUGUCACCGGCAAGCUGCAUCUGCUUUCAACUCGACGGCUAUCCACCAUGGUGAACAGAGGUUAUUCAAUUUCUCAUAGCUCUUAA